UAUCGUUCUGUAUCUUCUAUAUAUAUUGGUUGUACAUAUAGCUAGUUCUUUGUCCAUCUGUGUUGUAGAGGUCGAGAUUCAGUGAAUUGUGGAAGAUUCGAGAGAGACGUUUUAUCUAUAUAGGGUCUGCUUAGGGAAAGAAACCCCAUAUUGAAAUUUCGAUUCUUGGUGAAAUCAGGGUUUUUACUUUUUAGGGGUUUGGUGGAAAGACAAAAGCCCUAAAAGAUUUGUUUUUUAGUGCAAGGAAAAGUGAGGGGGUUAGGGUUUUCUUGGGGCACAUGUAUGGCGUCGGCGACAAUAGUUGGAGAAGGAACUGAAGGCAACAAAGAGAAGCAGCGCUAUACGGAGAGCAAGGUGUACACGAGGAAGGCCUUUAAAGGUCUCAAGAAGAACAACACCGCUGCCCCGACUACUGCGACCGACGCGAACGCUGACAACAACAACAGCUUCACUGCCAAUACUGCGAACAACAACGAGGACAACCAUAAAAUCAGCAGUGAAGAUGGUAGCAUCGACAAUGACGAGAAGAAGAAGAGUGACUCGAUUCAAGAACUUCGCCAAGACCUAACCACUCGGGGAGCGGAUUCCUCCCAGCAGUGGAUCAAUAUUUCACGUCUAGAUGAGGCGUCGGAUGACACUUCGAGCCUUAACAGGCAGCAAGAGGUGGCACCUGUCGCGUGUGAGCAACCUUCAGAGAAUGGGGCCGUGAAGGAGGACUCAGAGGAUCGAUGGAAAGUAAAUGUGCCUUCUUUGUCCAAGAAUGAGGUGCGGGAGUUAAGGAUGAAGCUGGAGGGUGAGUUGGAUGUGGUGAGGAGUUUGGCAAAGAAGGUUGAAGAGAAAAAAGGGCCUAUUGGUGGUGUUGUCUUUGUGGGUGGUGAUAGUGGCGGGGAUGUUGGGUCCAUUCAUGGAGUGAAUAGGGUUCAUUCUAAGGUGGCCUCAGUUGGAGUUCCAGUUGAGGGGGUUACUCCUGGGCAGUCUAAGUCCUUGAAUCAAUUGAGUAUACCAACGUUGGAGAAUAGUCAGGAUGCAGUUGAAAAUGUGGAGAAAGAGAAGAGAUUUCCAAAUGCUAAUCGGUUCUAUGGGAAUUCAGAGUUUUCGCUGGCAAAAGACAAGUUUCCUCCAGCUGAGAGCAACAAAAGGGCGAAAUUGAAUGGGAAGAAGCAGGGAGGAGGGAAAGUGGGACAUGGAUUUAGUCCUGGUAGUAAGGUUUUUAAGAAAUGUAGUGCUUUGCUUGAGAGAUUGAUGAAGCAUAAGCAUGGUUGGGUGUUUAAUACGCCUGUUGAUGUGAAAUCUCUGGGUUUACAUGACUAUUUCGCUAUUAUUAAGCAUCCAAUGGACUUGGGCACGGUGAAGUCGAACCUGAAUAAGAACUGGUAUAACUCACCAAGAGAAUUUGCAGAGGAUGUAAGGCUUACAUUUAGCAAUGCAAUGACAUAUAACUCAAAAGGGCAAGAUGUCCACAUAAUGGCAGAGCAAUUGUCGAAGAUAUUUGAGGAGAAAUGGGCUGUUAUAGUGUCAGAUUAUAAUCGUGAGAUGAAGCUGCUUAGUGUUGAUUAUGCAAUGGGAAUUCAUGCACCAACUUCAAGAAAGGCCCCUCCGUCUCGGCCACCUCCACUUGAUAUGAGGAGGAUCUUGGAUAGAUCAGAAUCAAUGACACAUCCUCCUCCCCUUCCUUCAGUUAGGACUCCUGCCCCGAAGAAGCCAAAGGCAAAGGAUCCACAUAAGAGGGAUAUGACAUAUGAGGAGAAGCAGAAGCUUAGCACAAACCUUGAGAGUUUACCGUCAGAGAAGCUGGACAACAUUGUACAGAUCAUUAAGAAGAGGAAUUCAACACUAUCUCAACAUGAUGAUGAAAUUGAAGUUGAUAUUGAUAGUGUUGAUGCUGAGACUCUAUGGGAACUUGACAGGUUAGUAACCAACUACAAAAAGAGUUUGAGCAAGAAGAAGAGAAGGGCUGAACUUGCCAUACAAGCAAUAGCAGAGGCUGAGCAGAAUGCCCGACAACAACCCCCAGCCCCGGCUGUGGCGGAGGCACCAAAAGAAAUGGAAAUAGAUGGAAGGAAUGGUUCCUCUUCCUUACCUGUUCAAGGGGGGAAAGGAGGGGAUAAUUCAAGUAGUUCAAGCAGCUCUAGCAGUGAUACUGGAUCUUCUUCAAGUGAUUCUGAUAGCGACAGCUCCUCAGCAUCUGAGUCUGAUGCAGCGCAUUCACCUAGGACUUGACAUAUUCUGAUCAGAUUGAAGAGUUGGAAAGGAUUGGUGCUGACAUAUGGGUUGAGGCAGUUAUCGUGGACAUUCAAUGAAUAUGUAAUGCCUCUGCUAUCGGAAAGCAUGGUAAUAAGCUGUUGCGCUCUGUUCUUAGAAGACCACAACUUGGUGAUGCUCCAGAUCGAAUAGCAACCUAACUGAUGCAGUAAAAGGGUUUGGCCAUUUUCCAGGCACUGAAAGAAGUUUCUCUAUUUGCUUUAUGCUUAAAGGUUUAUGAAAGGCUUGUUUCUAUCAUUUCCAUGGAGAGUGAGAACUCGAGUUUGAGGCCUCCUGUGUGAUGUCGAUGUUUUUCUCAGUAAGGCAAAACUCCGACGAAAAUUAUCUGUUUGGUUGCUUCCAUUACAAUUAAUGGUGAAUUGUGUUGGUUAACAACAGCCGCGAUGCACUUGUGAAAAUUCUGAAGCCCAGAUGAGAAGAGGUUUCUGGCACCACUGGGCUUUACCAAUCUGCAGUUUCGACUUCUUUUUCAACAAAUUCUAUCGAAGGAUGGUGAACUUUGUGGCACUCUGUUCAUUGGGAGAUUAUUUUUAUAUACAUUAUAUUCACUUGUAUAAAUACUAUUGCUUACUUGUUCAACUUAACAGAGUCUGUAAGAUUUUAGUUUU